CUCACCGGACCAUAGGUGGACGUUUAAAUCUUUGAAGCGUAGGGUUUAGGUUAUGAUUUAUCUAUAGCGCUCUCAUCUCCCUCUCCGCUUCCCAAACAUUCGAAUCAUUUUCCCAAAUCUCCCUAGGGUUAGGGUUUUCUCUGCUUCUUUCGCGUGAUUUUCGUUUGCAGGUACUCGAGGAGACGCAAACAACCCAAUAUGGCGAGGUACCGAAGCCGGAGCAGAAGUUACAGCCCUCGUCGGCGUAGCCGAACCCCACCACGAGGGCGGAAGCGGUACGACGACGACCCUAGAGACCGGUACCGCGAAAGCAGGUCUCACAGGGACCGUCGCUCUCCUGCUCCUUCUGGGUUACUCGUGCGUAAUCUCCCCCUUGAUGCUAGGCCAGAAGAUCUUAGGAUCCCGUUCGAGCGUUUUGGUCCUGUUAAGGAUGUGUAUCUUCCGAAAAACUACUACACUGGGGAGCCCCGAGGGUUUGGGUUUGUGAAGUUUCGGUUUGCAGAAGAUGCAGCUGAAGCAAAACAACAACUGAAUCAUACGGUUAUAGGUGGACGGGAGAUACGAAUUGUGUUUGCUGAGGAGAACAGGAAGACUCCACAAGAAAUGCGUGUGACUUCACGCUCAAGUGGCAGAAGCAGCAGAAGACGUUCUCCAGCAAGGUCUCCGCGACGACGAUAUCAUUCUUACUCACGCUCACCUUCACCUGCCAGGCAUGACUCAAGGAGCCGUGGGGCCAGGGACGAGUAUCUCUCUCCUGCACGAUCUAGAUCAAUUUCACGUUCUCAUUCCCCUCGUGAUAGAAGGGAUUACAGCCGAUCUCCAACUCCAAAGGAGAAUGGUCGGAGCCCUCGUGCAGUGGACAUUGCACGCAGUAGGUCAAGGAGUCCAAGGGCUGCUAGCCGCAGUCCUUCUGGAUCGCGUUCACGUUCCUAUAGUCCUCGCUGAUGGAUGUGUUUCGGGAUCGGCCUCGAGAUUUGUUAGUCUGCCUUCAGUUAUGGCCAGAUGAACUUUGCUAUUCCAUGCUAUGCAGCUUCUGUAAGGAAAUUUUAUUUAUAUGUGAAAGUUGGGAGGCGGGACUUGAGUUGUGGGUUGAAGAACAAUGAGUGUAGUCUUGCUGUUGUAGUUAACUUCAUGUGAGUGCAUGCUGGUGGACUUCUACUUGACAACCUUUACUAGAUUUAGAUUUUUGGGGUUCAGUGGAUUUCGUUUAUACUCUUGUAUAUGUCUAGUGGUUGUAUCUGGAAAGUUUAGGAUGCUCAAAUCUUGUUAUGGAUAUUGUCUUGUUUGUUUACCCCAGUUUUGUGUUAUUGUUCAGUAAUCCCAUUUUAUAUCAGUUCUUAAA